AUGGUAAGCCAAGGAAUGGUGUCUCUUACAAAGUCUCUAUGUACUAUGACUCCAAGAGUCCGUCUCAAGAAUCCAAAGAUGAUGCAGAACACAAAGAUCGGAUCUUGUCAUGUCCGUUUCAAGAAUUUCCGUGUCUUAUGCACAACAAAGCUAUCUCAGUGGGAGCCAUCACCUUUUGUUCCUGCUUCUGCAGAAGAAGCUAGUGGUAUAGUAUUGGAAAAAGCUGCGAAUGUUUUCGAGUCUAUUGUAUCCGAGGCUGCAGAGGAAGAGAAAGAAGAUUCACAGCAACAACGGGCUAACUCCCAAAUUCAGGUUUUUAAAUGGCCAAUAUGGCUUUUAGGUCCAUCUGUUCUCCUCACUAGCGGUAUGGCACCUACUUUAUGGCUUCCAUUGUCAUCGGUUUUCCUCAGUUCCAACGUGGUUAGUCUACUUUCGUUGAUCGGUCUAGAUUGCAUUUUCAACCUAGGAGCAACCCUUUUCUUGUUAAUGGCUGAUUCUUGCGCCCGUCCUAAAGACCCAUCACAAUCCUGCAACAGCCAACCACCAUUUAGCUACAAGUUUUGGAACAUUUUUGCACUCGUAACCGGGUUUCUCGUCCCAACACUACUUCUCUUCGGAUCCCAAACCGGCCUACUCGCUUCUCUCCAACCAGAGCUUCCUUUCAUCUCGUCCGCUGUUCUCCUCUUCCCGUACUUCAUUCUCCUUGCGGUUCAGACAUUAACAGAGAUCCUCACAUGGCAUUGGCAAUCACCGGUGUGGCUAGUCACACCAGUUGUAUACGAGGCUUACCGAGUUCUGCAAUUGAUGAGAGGAAUUAAACUAAGCGCAGAGGUUAACGCACCGGUUUGGGUGGUUCAUAUGCUUCGUGGGCUUGUCUCUUGGUGGGUAUUGAUCUUGGGAAUGCAACUCAUGAGAGUUGCUUGGUUUGCUGGUUUUGCAUCUAGAACAACAAAUCAGGAACCUGAAUCUGUUGCUUCUAAGGAAAGAUAG